UCGGCGAGCAAACAGUCAGAAAAGACUACGCGGAAAAUCCAAUGAUAGCGAUUGCGUGAGCGUUUGUACAAGAAGCACCCAAAUAUCCGGCAUUCCUACGUUAUCGGUGGAUGAUUUAUCAUAGUGGUCAAGCAUACAGACAAAGCGGCACCCAAGAUCUCAUUCACUUCGUUUGAAGUAAGCUCCACGGCUUGUCAACCGAUAGCUUCAUGGACAUGUGAAGGCGACUUCGGGUCUAAUUCGGGCAAUUUGAACGAAAGGCUCCAACAAAACACCACUUAAAACGCGCACAAUUGAUUAGCUAUCGCCAGGUAUAUAGACGACUUGGCUGACGGUGAGCGAGGGGAGGUUGCUAUUACCCGAGAUAAUCAGGUUUGAUGAGGAUCUUGACAGAGAUGAGUAAGCCAAGAUACCAAAUCGACAUAUCCCAGAUGACGCCAAGCAAACGAGGUCAUUAGCGCUGAUGUAAAAAGCAAAAAAUCCUUAAGUAAACAUCGGCGUAGUUCGUUGGUGUUGUUGACUUUGCAUUAAGAACAUUCCUGUACGUCCAGAACGAAGUAUCGGGGUCUUUAAAAGAUAACACUCGUGAAAAUUACGCGCCGUCGCUGGCAGACAUCAGGAGUAACAGCAGCCUACCAUGCGCAACUUGUUUACUCAACUAACAGAUUCUCCCAUCGUAGAUCAAAGUACCACAAACUGGAGGGAAUUUCUGGAGUCUUAACCUUCUUAUGGGGCUCUGUGCACAAGACAGGACUUCCGUUGUAAAUGACAGUGGACUCAAACGUAAAAUCAGAUAAACGUGAAAUGAAGGGCAUUCUAAUUACCGCCCAGCCAAAGGAAACUUUAGCCCAGAGUCCGACUGCCAAGAUCCGAGAGAUAAUUGCUAGCAUUCUUUGAUCAAAACUUGCUCGUCGACACGUUCACUCGUAUUUGGUGGCGAGAGGAUCUAAAGCCAACAACCCAGAGAACAAAAAAUUAGAAAUUCACCGUCUAUUUGACAACUCGCAGACCCUGGAGCAAAGCUUGGAAAGUUUUAAACGCUUUUGAUUUGGUGGGAUAAUCGAGAAUGGCGUCGGAAGAUUUCGAUUCGAUGGUUAGCGACUACGAUUACACGAACGAGACUAUAACAGUGUACGAGGACGAACUAGCUGCUCAACUACCAUUCCAAGACACUUUACCAACAUAUGUUAUUUUCAUGCUUGUCCUCUACACUGUUGUAUUUAUCGUCGGGUUCUUUGGGAACUGUAUUGUCAUAUACGGAGUUAUGCAACAGGGACCAAACAAGACAACGAGUAGCUUUCUCAUCGCUAAUUUAGCGCUGUCUGACCUUGCUGUCCUCGUCCUAAGUCUCCCUGUUGGACUCCUACAGGAACUAGCAUCCUGGCCGUUCGGCGAACUGGCUUGUAAGAUAUUCUUUCCGCUUGGAGAUGUAUUUUUACUUGUUUCCAUUAUUACUCUGACAAUCAUAAGUGUCGAUAGAUACAGAGCUGUUGUUACUCCGAAAAAGCGCUUCACAAAGGGCCAAACCAAGGUUGCUAUUGUGAUUAUAUGGAUACUUUCUUACCUCAUUUGUGGUCUUCCGACUUCGUUUCUACUCAAACUGAUAGCCACUGAUCAGGGAGUAAAGAUUUGCUAUCCCUUCUGGCCAAACAAGGUACACAGGAGAUCACACAUGAUUGUCAUCACGAUAAUCGUCUUCAUUCCAUUCUUUAUUAUCGCCUAUUCUUAUUUUAGAAUAGUACGGACACUCUGGAAGGUACGGAUCAUUCACAAGAACGUGGUUGGGCUCACUAAAGAAUCUCACGCUCGGUUGGAGAAAAAGCGUAAACUCGUGAAAAUGCUGAUCCUCAUUGUAAUAGCCUUCACGCUGUGUUGUCUUCCGUAUUUCAUUUACGUUCUCGUUUUGGAGUUCGGAACCCACGGACGCAAUGACCAAGCGGCAAUGGAGAUUGGUUUAGUCGUGGUGCUUUCUUUUUUCUACACGAACAGUGCGGUGAAUCCACUGAUUCUUUGCGCUAUGAGCAAGGACUAUAGAAAAGGCUUAAGACCAUGCAAGUGCUAGAAGCCUUCAGAAAUAUUGCCUCAAGAAGCGUUGUUGACAAUCUCGACUCGAGUUGCGUCACGCCUUUCGAAGAAUACAACUCAGAGUAACGAAUCCCUUUGUUCAGAUUUGUUUUCUCUAUCCCUCGAGAAAAAACUAUUCGUUUCUCUGUUACAGGGUUGAAAUUAGAAUCGACUCAACUGCUUAGACUUUGGCGCCGAGAAAGCGCUAAAUUUGAAUAUGGUUAUGCAUAAUUGAAAUAAAACUAUAUGUUGUAGGAUUCCACUCUUGAAAGCACGUUGGAAAGCUUCGAGUGUCUUUCAUUGCGGUGAAAUAAAACCAUUAGAAAACAGUGUACAAAGACAUGACAUUGAAAAAGAAAUACAACUUUGAGUGCCGAGAAAAAAACGGUCUGCUUAUAGCCAACGUUGUACAUAAAGAAGGUUGUAAAAAUUGAUGGAUGAUAUUGAAAAUCAGCUUUAUUUUUGUAGAAUAGUUUGAGUUUGAAUGAGCCUUGAGUUUUGAAUUUUAUUGUUGAUAAAUGUCUGUGGACAAGACAAUCCUCGCGCAUGCGUAGUCUUAAUAACCCCGCGUCGUUCACAGUGACACGUGGUUUGGAAGAAUUUGAGCGCGGGAAAGAAGAAGAAGAAGAAGAAAAAAAGGAUAAUCGAAUAGGACACAAAAAGAAUAUAUAGAAUUUGAAUGAUGAUUUGGAUGUAGAUGACAAUGGAAACGGACGCGCGCGCGAGGUAGCGUGUACAAGAUAAGUAUUGAUGAAAGAAAUAGGUCAUCUCGGUUAAACUCAUCAAAAAAAAUUAAU